AUGUUAAAAGGUGAGGAAGCAAAGAUAAAAUUAAUAUUUUUUUUCUUAGGUUUACUGUUAAGUUUGCCUUCAAAUGUACUAAUAAACGUGUCUUUUUUGAUUAAUAAUAUAUACAAUGAAGAAGUUUCAAUAAGCAUAUUAGGUUUUUUAUCGGGAUGUAUGAUCAUUUCAUCACUGAUUCAAUUAACCUUUGAAUUUACUUCAUUUAAAUCAAUAAUAAUUUGCAAUUUUCUGAAUACUCUGAAUUUGCUUAUUUUAUUAAUAUUAAUAUGUUUAUGUAGAGCAUCAAAAAAUUACAUAUUUUUUAUUUCUUCUUCUAUUGGAUUCUUUAUUGGAUUCCUAUAUUCUGCAAGCACAAAGUACUCUUUAUUAUUUGAUAUGAGAGUCAAUGGGUAUCUGGUCAGUGGUAUAAGUUUCUGUGCAUUAUUUUUUUUUAUAAUUAAUUUAUUGACGUCUUAUUUUACUAUUGAAGAUAACAAUAUAAGAUCAUAUUAUAACACAAUAAUCUUAUCAAUUGGUACAGUUGUUAUAUUAAAACUUUUAAUCAUUGUGUCUAUUAUAUACAUGCAUAUGAGAUCACCAUAUUUCUUAGAGCAAAAAGAAAAGAUUGAAUCAAAAAAAAAUAUAGAAAGACAUAUUGAUAAUAAAUUAAAUGUACCUAGUGAAAUAGAAAAUGGAGAAAUUAAUUUCUCAAAAGAUAAGAUAACAAGUGAUAAAGUUUCUAAUAUGAAUGAUGAAGAAUCAAGAUAUACUGUUAAAGAUAACAUUUCUAAAAUAAAUAUAAAUGAAAAAGAAUGCAAAAUUUCCAAGAAAAUGUUUAAUUGUAAUAAUAUAAUUGAUGGUGCUGUUUUAAUUAAAUAUUAUUAUUCAUGUUUAAUACCAAUAUCUUUUAAUAUUUUCAUAACCUUCAUAAUAUAUCCUCAUAUAAUACCAAACAAGUUAAACAAAGGGGUCUAUUAUAAAUACUUAUUUAUGUUUUUAUAUCAGUGUAGCGAUCUUAUUUUCAGUCUUUUAUUAACUGUGUACUUAAAUUUUCUUUCCUUUUUUAAACAACAAUAUGUGUUAAUUUUAUGUAUAUGCAGAAUACUGCUAUUAUUAUUGGCUUAUAAAAUAAAAAAUGUGCAAGAAAACUCUUUCUUAUACUCCAAUGGAUUUAUAUCAUUUGUUAUUUUAUUAGUAGGAUCAACAAAUGGAUCUUUAAUAAAUAUAAGCUAUGCAAGAAUUUGUGAUUGUUUUAAAGAUACUCAUGAAAAAGAAAGGAAUAUUGCUGUUUCAUCCUCUUUUUGUGCACUUACUUUUCUAGUCAGUUUUGCAUUAGCACCUUGGUUUUGUAGCAUAAUAAUAGAUUCCUAA